UUAAAGAUGAGUCUUCCGACUUCGGCCAAGAUUGGGUUUGUGAUGAUAGCCUUUAUUGGCGGCAUUGUCUCAGAAGACUCAAUAGAGUUCAUGAUACUGUUGAGCUUGCCUGAAUUGCAGAUCUUUUAUCUGAUAGUCCAUGGGAUUUAUUACUGAUUCAAGAAAUGAUGUGGAGCAGCUCUGUAUUAUGGUUAUAUCCCUACUGGCUACCUUUUGGUUAUCUCUGUUUUUGUCAAUAUUAUGAUGAUAGAUGAGUAUGCAGGUGAUCAAGAAGAUGAGGACUUCUUUUGAAUCGUUCAAUGUGUGAGCAUUCUAGCAUCGAUAGUAUUUUUGGUUUUGCUUUUUGUUGAAUGAUGAGGAAAUAGAGAUCAAUCCUUGGAUUUAGGAGAUAGAGUUGAGGUAAAAGAUAAAUUUGAUCAAAUUCCAUCAAUCAUAUUUCAAGCCUUUACUCCAUUGAAAUCAGACGAAUGUGCUAUCUGAUUAACAAAAUAUGAACAAGAUGAUACCAUCAAAGUUUUACCUGGAUGUUUCCACACAUUUCAUGCUGAAUGUAUCAAAGAAUGGUUCGAAAACAACCCAACUUGUCCAUUCUGCAGAAGAGAAUUCACACUCGAUGACAUCCAGAGAUGAGAAGGAAUGAGUGAGGAUGAGAUCUACAGAUGCAUCCAAGCCAGUGAUGUGCGUCCAUCACUGUUCAAUGGUCCCCAAAGGAUGGAUCCUAGAGACUCCCUGAAUACUCCAUACAAUCCCAACUACAAGGGAUAGAC